AUGGACGGCUACAACAUGACGACGUUGAUGAAACGUCUCGAAGCUGCGACUUCGCGUCUAGAAGAUCUAGUGGUUGUUGCUCAGGGACAGAGCUCCAACCAAUGGUCUUCCAAUAUUGUCGGGGACUCGGUAAAGACAAGCGCGGCCGAUACUCCUGCGAUGGCUACGCCAGGUGCAGUGGCUACCAAGGCGCCCGUGUCUGACAUUGAGCCUUCGGGUAGCAUUCCUGCAUCUUUGACCGCGCUCAAUGGCAAACUGGAUACUUUGGUAGAACUUUCCAAGGCCGCAGAUCUAUUGGUGGGCGAGCAGGCAGUUCUUUUCAAGAAUGCUGCUGAGGAAGCGAACAAGAUAGUCCUGCUUGCGUCCAGAGCCCAAAAGGCUGAGAUAGGAAGCCAGGAUUUCAUGGAUCUUCUCAAGCCGCUCGCAGACAAGAUUGCUGCGGUUGUGGAUGUUCGCGAGUCCAACCGCACUUCACCGGCGACAAACCAGCUUUCAACUAUUGCAGAGGGUGUUCCAGCUCUUGGCUGGGUGUCGACUCCUGCUCCUGCAGAUUAUGUCCAGGAUUUCAAGGACAGUGCCCAGUUUUACGCCAACCGGGUGUUGAAGGAUAAUAAGGACCACGGCGAGUGGGUAAAGGCCUUUCUGAGUUACUUGAAUGAGCUUAAAGCUGCUGUCACAAACGACUUUUCUGACGGAAUGAAAUGGAAUGCUAAUGGCAAGCCUCUGAGAGAAGUGCUGUCUGCGGACACCAGCUCGGGCUCCUCUUCCAAAGCCAGCACUUCAGCAGGUGGUCCUCCACCACCUCCCCCUCCGCCCCCUCCGUCUGUUGAGACUCUCACCGCUGCUGCUUCAAAGAGCUCUACACCAGCAAGUGGUCCGACUGGUAUGGCAGCUGUCCUUGCUGAUUUGAACAAGGGAACUGCUAUUACUUCGGGAUUACGCCAUGUUGACCGCAGUGCUAAGAAGGAGGCUCCAAAGGCCCCGCCAAAGCCUGGAGGUUUGAGAAAGACCAAACCUUCCGCAACGGCCGCCCCUCCUGCGGCUGUUGCUCGCAAGCCCCGUAUAGAGCUGGAGAACAACCGGUGGAUCAUCGAGAACUACGUCGACGAGCAUGAGAUCGUGAUUGAUGCUGAUCUUUCUCAAGCAAUUCUCAUUGACAACUGCCAGCAGUGCACGAUCCAGGUCAAAGGUAAAGCCACUUCGAUCACUAUCACCAAGUGCGCCAAGACUGGUGUGCUGGUGUACACUCUGGUCAGCGGUGUUGAAAUCAUCAAUUCCAGCAACUUUGGCCUUCAAAUCACUGGCACCGUGCCUAGUCUGACCAUUGACAACAGUCACGACGGUGCAGUCUACCUUAGCAAAGAGGCCCUGGACAUCGACAUCUACACAUCUCAGACCGCAGCCAUCAAUGUGAACAUCCCCACAGGCGAACCUGGUGACUACGACGAACGGCCGCUCCCCGAACAGAUCAUGCACAAGGUUGUUGGUGCUAAGAUCUCAAGUAGUGCAGUGAAUGCUGCCGACAAGUAA